GGGGGGUUGACAGUCACGGACCGAAAGUCUAUUGGACCCCUGUCAAAAUCAUUCAAAGAAGUGGGGCGUGUUUAGGCCGUAGAGUUCCCUUGCAACUGUGCUGUCACUCAAACCAUAGCUGACUUAUAAUUGGCUAGUUAUGGUGCAAUGCCAAGCCCCUUCUGGCUGGCAGUGAUGUAGAAAUGAUACCGUGGGAAAGCUUGGUCCUUCAAACGGAUGAGCUCGACGCAUAGCUGAUAGACGCACAGAGAGUCGGAGAAUUGAAAGACUUGGACCAUACUGUAUUGUACUCUGAACGAAGGAAACACAACAGCGGAUAAAAAUGAAAAGGAAUCACGAUUUUAGCUCCUCGGACAGCGAGCUGGACGAGAACAUUGAGGUUGAGAAGGAGAGUGCAGAUGAAAAUGGGAACAUGAGUUCUCCCCUUGGGCCGAUGUCUCCAGCAACAAAAACUCAAGUGAAUGCGAGGAAGCGCCGUAGAGGAAUCAUUGAAAAACGUCGCCGUGACAGAAUCAACAACAGCCUCACGGAGCUGCGCAGACUGGUCCCUAGCGCGUUCGAGAAGCAGGGUUCAGCUAAACUGGAGAAAGCAGAGAUUCUGCAGAUGACGGUGGAUCAUCUGAAGAUGCUUCAUGCUGCUGGAGGAAAAGGUUACUUUGAUGCCCAUGCUCUGGCCUCGGACUACCGGGGUCUGGGUUUCAGGGAAUGUCUGGCUGAGACGGCCCGCUACCUGAGCAUUAUGGAAGGCCUGGACAGCACUGACCCCCUGCGGAUCCGCCUGGUCUCCCACCUGAACAGCUACGCCUCCCAGAGAGAGGCCCACUCCGUCUCUGUGUCUGGACUGGGCCACCUGGCAUGGGGCUCGGCUUUUGGGUCUCCCCCCUCCGCACACCUGGCCCACCACCUCCUCCUCCAGCAGCAGCACCAUCAACACCAGCAGGGGGCGACGUUACCGUUACCACGCAGCGCCUCCAACAGCUCUCCGUCAUCCUCCUCUUCUACUCCUUCUUCAUCCUCUUCUUCCUCCUCGCCGAUAGAGAGAGAGCCUCGCUCCUCGCCCCAUGGCCAUGCUCCCAGCAGGCUUAGCGGUGCCACCCCCCUCUCUGAGCACAGUCACGCCCAGGGGGGUCCUCUCCGUGUCCCCCCCAGUGCUGCCCCCCUCCCCCCAGGGCUGAAGCUCACCGUGACCUCUACAGCCUCCAAGCUCUCCCCUCCCCUCUCCCUGUCCUCACUCUCCACCCUAUCGGCGUUCCCCUUCCCCUUCAGUGCCUUCCCCCUGCUGUCCCCCAGCACCCUCAGCCCCCCCGUCCACACCCCCUCCAGCCAAGCCAGCCUGGGGAAGCAGCCCUACCGGCCCUGGGGCAUGGAGAUAGGGGCUUUCUGAACUAUCUUUAACCCCCCUCCACACUGACUAAACUGACCAAGUAGAUGGCUAGAGAGUGCACCAUCACUAUGAACUGAACUGAACUCACCAGCUGAGCUGGACCUUUCCAUGGCCAAGAAGAUGUUGUUUUUCUAUCAUACCAUAUCAACAUUCUAUAAAGGAGAUAGCUAUAGGAAUACUAUUUUUUUUUUUCUUAGAAAUUGCGUUUUUCUAUGAUGUUGUCGAAAGAAGGAAACAAUUAUGAGAGAGCAAACAAAGUGAUUGUUUAAUUAACAAUAUUGAGUUAUCUAUGUGUUGUCUGUUAGUGGGCUUUGCUUCUCCUCCCAUAGUGUGUUCAGCCUGUAAGGGGAAGAUUUCACAGAUGGUCAGGCUGUCAAUCAGUCGCCCAUCAAGUUCUCAGCGAAACUGUCCCCUUUGUUUUCCCAUUGAGCCCUGGACUGUACUUGUAUCUCACAGAGAGAGGGAGAGAGAAAGAGAGGGAGAGAGAGAUGCGUGGAGAGUGAGGUCUUGGUGGUGCCCUUUUUAUGGCAUUUUAUGGACUGGAAGAACUAAAAGCAGGUGUUUGUUUGACUGUUAGAAUUGAUCCGGAACCCUCUUGUUUGCCAUUAGUUUGAUUUGCAUUCUCUGUGUGAGUUUCUAUCGCAGCAAAAUCUCUCUGAAGUCAUGUAUUUACAGUCAUGAGUCAAGGGUGAGGACAACAAAGAGUUAAUGUCCUUUGACGUGAUGUCUACAGAGGUCACAAGACCCUCUAUUUCUGAUUGUUAGCAGAUUGCAGAUUGCAGUCUAAAAGUGGUAGCUGUACAAUUGUUUAACAUUAAACAACAUACUGUCAUAGCGAGCUGAGCAGGCAGCUAUUGAGACGUAUGGAACCAAUUGGAAUCGGUGUAAUAAAAAAAAUGCAAUGCUUUUUCAAAGAAUUACAAUAUUAGUUGGUCUGAGACUUGCAACAUAAAUUCUUUACACUCCUUUACAUUCGAUUAUAUUAUAUGAUCCAUAAAAAGUGGUGGAGAGGCGUGACACUCUUCUCAAUUAAAACAUAUAUUUUUUUAUGAAUUAAUAGACAAAGUAUCAUAUGAUAUCAUUUUCAACAUAGACGCCAAUAGGAACAAUCGCUGAAACACACUGCAGUAUCCCUGUACCUCUAUAUAGUCAUUGCUCAGAGAUAUCUAGACUACAUAUUCCCUAUACGGUCCAAUUCUAGAUGGUUUCCGACCACAUCUGUGUGGAUUCUAUGGCGAGUCUGUGACAGUAAUAGCAUCCCCUCUUGUAAGAGGUGUAUUUUUUACCAAACCUCAAAAGUGAUUUUGUACAUAAGUGUUUUGUAUAAAAAAGCGCUGAUAAAUCUGAUUUCUCAGCUUUCUAAUAAUGAUAUACUGUGUGUAUGUAUGUACACUAGAGAUGGGAUGUAUGUAGAGAGAGAGUGCUGGGACAGCAUGUGAGGUACUCUAUUCCGUCCUUCACUUAUCUAUCUGUGUGACUUAUCUGCAAUAAAAAGCUAUGAGAAAAUGAAA